ACUAUCAGCGCAAACUCAUGGACCGAUGCUGGCCAUGCAGUUAAUCAGCUGUAUGAUCUACUGUACAUGAUGGGUCGUGAUGACAUAGCAGUUGGUGUUGGAGGGGAGGGUGGUAUGUCAGAUGACGGUAGGAUUUAUCCCAAUGUUGGUGGCUAUUUCGCGAUAAUUGAGCAGGAAAUGUCAACAGUGGGGGGAUGUCGAUACCGACAGACGAUUCCGCAGGGAGGAAAUGGACGAUUGGAUGUCAACACCAACUAUGGAAUCAGACGAGCAUUUCUUCCUCAGGGCAACAGGAGAUACUCCCCUCUUCGACAACCAACGACUCAGCAAGUGAUGAUUGACACAAUAGCUGCUGGACCGACGACUGUCUUCCUUAUUGGCACACACACGAACUUUGCACUGUUCCUCAUGAGCAAUCCGCAUCUGAAGAAAAACGUGGAGCACAUUUACAUAAUGGGUGGCGGUGUGCGAUCACACAAUCCCACUGGCUGCUGCCCUAAGAACAACACGCCAUGUGUGCCUCGACAAUGUGGCGAUCAUGGUAACAUGUUUACAGCUUACACCAUAGACCCAUAUGCCGAGUUCAACAUAUUCGGGGAUCCUUUUGGCGCAUAUAAGGUCUUGCAUUCUGGUAUCCCUAUCACCCUUGUGCCGCUUGAUGGAACCAACACAAUACCGAUCACUGAGCACUUCUUCAAGGCAUUUGAGCAGCAGCAGAACACUUACGAGGCAAAGUACUGCUUCCAAUCUCUGAAACUUGCUCGGGAUACUUGGUUUGACAACCAAUUCUACACGUGUUACUUUAUGUGGGAUUCUUUUAUGUUUGGUGUGGCACUCUCGAUUAUGCGCAAUGGUGAGAAAACGAAUGGUGAGAAUGAUUUUGCUGAGAUGGAAGUGAUGAAUGUAACUGUUGUUACAUCCAAUGAACCAUAUGGCGUUCAUGACGGAUCAAAUCCGUUCUUUGAUGGACGUGCGACGCCUAAGUUCGACUUACUGGAAGGUGGUGUACAUAGUGGUCAUGUUCAGACUGGACUUGAUGAUCCUUUUUGUGUAAGGAAGGGGAGCAUUAAAGGGAAAUGCCAGGAUGGAUACACUAAAGAAGUGCAAGGUCCUGGUUCGGCUGCUGUACUUGUUGCGAUGAAGGCAAAACCUAAUAGAAAUGCUAACAGCCCACUUGAUAGAGAGUUCUUCAACAGCUUCCUGGAGGUUCUGAAUCAUCCUGCACACUCAGGCCGCUUCAACUUCACUGACCAGUUCCCUCACUACAAAGAAAUUAUGUACAAACCUGGUUUCAGAAAUCGGAUUAGAGGAAAGCCCGUCAUAUUUGACAUGGACAUGAGUCCAGGUGAUUUUGUUGCUCUCCUGUGUCUCCUGAAAGUAGACAUAGAAACAAUUGACCUCAAGGGGAUACUAGUGAGUGGGAAUGGUUGGGCAAAUCCAGCAACAAUAGAUAUUAUCUAUGAUGUUCUUCAUAUGAUGGGCCGUGAUGACAUUCGAGUAGGACUGGGUAAUGUCACUGCGCUAGGAGCCCCUGACCUCGGUUGUGAAUACGUCAAGGCUAUACCACAUGGUUCUGGGGGGCUUCUUGACACCGACACGCUUUUUGGACUAGCCCGGAUGUUGCCAAGAAGCCCCAGAAGGUAUACAGCAGAAAAUUCAGUGAAAUAUGGUGCUCCAAGGGAUACUGCUCACCCUGAGCUCAGGCAGCCAUUGGCUUUUGAAGUAUGGCAACAUGUUACAGAAGAACUCAAAUCUAAUAACAAGAUAACCGUCCUAACAAAUGGUCCUCUCACAAACAUAGCUAACAUCAUUCUGUCUGACACAAACGCAAAAUCGACAAUCGAGCAAAUUUAUAUAGUCGGCACCCACUUGGCUGAUGGAGAUGGAGAAGAAGGCAAUCUGUUUACCGUCCCGUCAAAUAAGUUAGCUGAGUUCAACUUCUUUCUUGACCCUAAAGCUGGCAAGAUAGUUGUAGAAUCUGGUUUAGACAUUACCCUCAUUCCUCUGAGAGCUCAGCGCCAGGUGUCUUCUUUUGAAGACGUCCUAAAAUCACUACGUUUUGCUGAGAAGACUCCUGAAUCGUCAUUUGUGUAUCAGUUGCUGCUGUUGAUGCAGAAGCUGCAAAAGGAACACCAUGCAUUCAGUCACAUUGAUAUGUUCCUCGGGGAGCUUCUGGGCGCGAUGUUCUUGGCUCAGCAAUCACAUCGUAAUUACUCAAUCACUGAGAGGGCUAUCAGUGUUCGUUACGGUCAUGUGAGCAUCGAUGGCCAAACGAUCCUUGACGAGACGAAUGGGAAGCUAGUGAAGGUAUUAGAUCAUCUCGAUUCAGAUGCUUAUUACACAGAGAUUGCGAAGCUGCUCGCUACCAAGAAGCAGUCUGCCAUUGUGGGUAGUUUUGAUGAGCAGAAAAGAACGUGGAGCAAAGGAAACUACAAAGAUCGCGAUUCCGGCCGGGUUCGUUAAAAAUAACAUAGCCUAAUGGAAAGCAGUAGCUCUUUUCCUUUCCUUUUUAAUCCCAAUGUGUCAAAGUUCACUGCAAGCAGCGUUGAGCUGCCUUAAGAUGUGCUGAAUUUGUACCUCCUGGGAGGAACCCGGGGUUACGCUGUAACGUCUUGGUCCAUUCUAACGAUGCGACGGGGGCAAAUGCCCUAAAAUUCUUAAAGAGAGAAACU